AUGGAGUAUAUCAACUUUGGUGCUACGUGCUUCAGCGUGGAGGUCUCUAUCUUCGAGUAUGGGAUACACCAUGGCCAGAAGAUCUGCACCGUCCGACUCUGCUUUGAAGUGCCGUCAGAAUGGGGGUUCGCUUCGAUCAUCUGGGAUGGCUAUGUGAUGCCUGCUGAAGAUGGCGACUACACACUUGGUGUGGAUGCUCCUUCACGAGUUCUUGUCACUCGUAUUUACUUCAAUUACACCGUUGAUGCUAUUAAUGCAACCGUCUCACUCAAGGGGGGAAUCCUGUACCCAAUACAGGUACAUUUAUACGGCUUGAAAGGAGGCGAUUCGGCGACUCUGCUGUGGGCCAAUGGCAAGAACCGCAUCACUGUGAAGUGGGACGCCGUGAACAGUUCACUGACACCUGUUUCUUACACGGUUUUGGUAGACGGCCAAACGAGGGUCUCGGGUAUGACCAAAAUGCGCAACAUGACGAAUCUUUCUUAUACACUCACUCCGUGCACCAGCGGCACCUACUAUGACUUCAGGGUAUAUGCAACCUCUGUGGCUGGUGACGGGCCAGUGAGCGAGAACCUCAACCGGCCUUGUGGGCGUAUCCCGGGUCCAACUAGCAUCCCACGGCUUCGUGGUGCUGAUUGCCUGACCAGCCCAGCAUGGAUAGCCUUCGAAUGGGAUCCACCACUGGAUGAUGGUGGUUCCCCUUUGACCGGUUAUAAGCUACUUAGAGCAUCCGAAUCGGACCCCUCUGACUGGCAGCUCAUUGGCUCCGUAUCGAUGCGAGAGGUCAACUUCACCGAUAGAGGCUCGAUAGGGGGUUUGAUUUAUGGUAAAUACUACAGCUACAGAGUUGUGGCGAUGAAUGGCAUCGACGACUUGGACUAUUCUUAUGCAUCAGAGCCUCUGUUGGCCCUAUGCACUACGCCUCCACCUACCCCUGCUGCUCCUACAAGAGACUAUCCGCCGCUGUCGAGGACUGCUGUAACUUUGCGAUGGGAUGAGGUCACAGGAGCUGACGGGUAUCGUGUUUAUGCUCAGCGUGGUGAUUACGGAGAGGUCAGCCUAGUCUAUGACGGCUUGGGCCUUGGCGAUCAAUUGAGCUACACACACCUCAGUUUGGAGGCCGGCGUCUCCUAUACGUAUUGGCUGACCGCCUUAUCAGCAGCUUCCGAGAGUACCCGGUCUCCGCCGCUAGAGACUGUUGCUGCUGAGCUUAGUGGUCCACCGACUGAGGUCGUGUCGACCGGACCGAAGGAGUUGAGAUGGAAAUAUCCCCGGGAUGAGGGAGGAACAUCUGUGAAGGCAUUCCAGGUCCUUGUGAGCUCUUAUGAUACACCACUGAGUGAGGCGACGGUCAACUGGACUGCUGCACAAAACGAUUGGGUCUUCGAUCACCAACCGUGGGAGACUACCUUCAUAGGAAAGGAUGUCCUCGAGACUGGCCAAGACUAUGUCCUGAGAGUACGAGCAGUGACGGGAGCAGGGCCGGGGGAAUCAUCUCUGGGAGUGGUGGUCAGCGGAGGACAACAGCUACAGAUCAUACGAAUGUGGCCAUCUAAUGUGUCGCGGACCCACAUUGAGUUGGAGUGGGAGGAGGUUGAGUAUAACUUGACCAUGGAUGUAUAUGUUGAUGAUGGGAACGAUGGCGCGCUGGGUCUCUGGUAUGAAAACGUAUCCGAUACGAAGUUCAGUGUCGGCCCUCUUGUAACAGGGCAAACUUAUAAACUACAGAUAGUCCCCGACACGUGGAACGAGCUCUCUCGUAAAUACGCCUAA